CCACAGCUGCAGGCCACCAGUGACUUGUGGCAGCUGUGGCUGGUGUGAGCCACAGCCCUGGCUGGGGUGGCAGAAGGGGAGCUGGGCCCCUACAGCAGCACUGCCCUGGCCCGCCUGCCUCCUGCCUGGGGCUGUGCUGCCCUGCGAGAGUGCAGGGAGGAAGAUGGUGCAUGUCUCUGGGGCUAUGCUGCCUGAGGAAGACGAGUGCCCCGCAGCUCCCUGCUCCAGGGAGGGAGGCAGGGGGAUGUCUAUAGGGCAGCCUUCCUGGGUGGCAAAGGGCUGUGCCCAAGCCACUUCCCAUGGAGGUGAGGUGUCUGAUGUGAAAAGAAGCUCUGGUGGCAACUGUACUGGAGCUAACACAGGGAAAGCUAGGACAUACUUGGGUGGGUUCCCUGGGAUGUAAAGUCACAGGGCAGCUGAGAGAUGGUGGUGGCUGCAUGCUGGGAAUGGGUGGCAGAGGGCCCAGGCUAUCUUCCUGGCCCUGAAGGCCGGCAUGUAGCCAAGGUCAAGUGCUGCUCAUCCAGCAGUACAAGGUUGCAGAGGUGCCUGGGCUCCUCAGCCUGUGGGAGGUGGCCAAUGUGGGUGCAACAGAGCAGUCUGGAGUGGCAAGAGAGCAGUGAAAACCCUAUGGCAAGAGAACAGAAGGCACCACACUUGUGACAAGAGCUUGUUCUUCAUGUACUGGCAGCACCUCGCUGUGGUGGGUGAUGAGUAUCGAUGGCAGGACUGGGGCCUGAAGGGAGCCAGGGUGUGCUGACGCUACAUCUGGCUCAUGGAGAGCACCCCUAGCCUGGGCUCCCCCUUUGUGGUCCUUGGUACCUGCAGGUUACCUGUGAGGGCUAGGAGGGCGUUUCCCAUGCAUUGUGCAGCAGCUCCAGCUCCCCUGCUCAACCACCUGCCUCAGCCACAGGCUCCCUCUCAAGCCAUGCUGUGAAAUGGUGGAGUUUUUUUGCCCUGGCAACCUCUUCCCCAGCACUGAAGCACCAAGCUCGCUCUCCUUGUAGGGUGCCAGGGACUGGGAAACACCCACAGACCACCCAGGCUUACUGCACUGGGCAGUGCGGUGCUGAGCACAGAGGCUCCCCAAAGUGCUCCUGGCUCUGUCCAUGAAUGGCUGUCACUGGUUCUUCUCUGGGGAGAAUCACGAUUUCUGGGAAGUUGAGUGGAGAUAACAGGCCCUAGAAGGGCUCAGCGCCCCAUGCCAACUGCAUCUAGGAGAGCAAAUCUUUGGCAGGGAGGCGGCUUCUCUGAGAAGAAGAAAAGAAGGGGCUCACCAGGGAGAAGGUCACAGGCACCCCACUCCCCUUCAAGGGUUCCCUCAGGUUGAGGGGCACUGUGGCCUUGACCCCCCUCUGCCAGGACCCUGCUGCAGACCUGGGGUGGGACACUGCUCACCACCUUGGUCCAGAUGCCUCCACUGCCUUUUCUUGGCAUGUCAGUUCCCUCUCCCAGCACCCAGCUCAGUCAUCAGUGAUGCUGCAGAGCAGCUGCCGGGUGGGUGGACUAGCCACAGGCCUUCAGCCCUUCAUGGGCCUUCUGCUGGGCUGGCAACAACUGUGGGCAAGGAGCUGGGCGGAUGUGUGCCCCACAGGGGGAUCCCUGCUACCUUCAUCAUCACCCCCUCCUGAGCGGCCAGUGCUUUAAAGACCCUGGCUUCCUUUUAUUGCUUCCCCUCUCAGAUUGCAGCCGGCUGCAAGGGCUAUUUUUAGCAGCCUGCCUUCUAAAAAUAGCCCUGAGCUGUUUGGAGUUGCGUCACGAGAGGUAACUCUCUAUGAGCCGCUUGGCCCCUGCACCCCAGAAGGGUACAAAAGGAGGCCGGUAGCAGUGGGGUCAGCAGGUUCAGACACAGCCAGAGGCAAAGGAGGCAGCGCGCUGACAGCUUCAGGCAUCCUAGUGCCGGCACCAUGACCAUCUUCUGCAGCCACUGCCACAGGCCGCUGCAGGCAGAGAUGAGCUGCCUGCCCAAGAGGGGCAAGCAGGCGUCCGGUGCAUCGAAGCCGUUCAGGUGAGCUCCCUACAGCCUCCCACCUACAGGGCUGUGAUGGCCUCCUAGCUGGGGAGAGCCCUGGGCCUGCUUGCGUAGUGCCUGAUGGCCCUUGCAAGGGGCUGGCACCAGCUUAGGACUGUGGGACUGCCAGCUAGUGCGUGGGGAGGAGGUGUGGGAACUUGGAGGGGUCACAGGGAUUUCAGAUGGUUGAAGGGUAAAGGCAGAUGCAAUGGGCUGGGGCUCACAUUCUGGCACUCAUUGCAGUUUCCAUUCUUGUGGGGCUUCAGUGGGGAGGUUGUGUCGCUCAGGCUCCCCCCAAAGCACAGGUCAUUGUCCAACCUGGCCCCCAGUGAGAGGGGCACCAGCCAUGCCAGCAGUGUGUUCUCCUGGGUAGCCAUAAGCACCUCUGCCUGCGCCACCUGCACUGAAACAGCCACCACAGGUUUGCUCCCUCAGAGGCAGCCAGCACAGGCACUGAGCGUCUCUAGGGGAGCAUCUCCAUUCCACGUCUCUGAGCCUGUAAUUCUCCCCAUAGCAGUGGGUGGGGAACGCUGUCCCUCCCUCCCUGGACAUGUCUCCCCAGAUAGCUGGCUUUGCAGGUCAACCAAGAGUGCCUCCAAGGCUCGCCGGGACCAGAUCAACAUGGAGUUGCAGGCUCUGCGGUCCCUGCUGCCCAUCUCCACGCGGGAGAAGGAGCGGCUCUCCUACCUCCACACCAUGGCCCUGGUGUGCCUCCAGCUGCGGGCUGCUCAGCUGUUCCCUCCAGACUCAGUUCUUCCUGCGGGACCGGCCCUCGGUGCAGAGCUGCUCUCCCUGCUGCCGGGCUUUCUCCUUGUGCUCUCAGCCAACGGCAAGCUGGUCUACGUCUCAGAGAAUGUCACUCAGGUCCUGGGCCUCUCUGUGGUGGAGCUGCUCGCCCAUGGGGACACGGUCUUCGACAUCCUAGAUGGGCGAGCACGUGAGGAUGCAUGCAAGAAGCUCCUUCUCGCCCAGGAGGAGCCCGGCAGGGAAGUCACAUUUAUCAGCGAGAUGCGCACGUCCAAGGCCUUUCGGCUGCAGCACGGGGGGAAUCGGGCUGUGGCAGUACACGGGCACUUCAUGGCCCCGCGCUGGCCGGCCUUCCCCUCCACCGCCGCCUUCCUGGCCCUCUGCACGCCAGUUGCGCGGUUGCCUGCAGACAACGAUGCUGGUUCCCAGGAUGACCUAUUCCAGAGCACUCACAUCCUAGACAUGACGUUUACUGAUGUCACGGAGAGUGUCACCUACCAUCUUGGCUACCACAGGGAGGAACUGAUCGGUCAGUCGUGGUACAGCCUCCUGCACCCUGAGGACACUGACAUAGCGGCUGCCCAGCACAGGGCUGUGGCGCUGGGGCCCGGGGCCACACCGGGGAUGGCGGUGCUGCGCCUGCUGCGCCGGGACGGGACCUGGGCCUGGCUCCGCGUGUCGGCGCGGCGGGAGGGCGGCGGCCGGGCCAUCGCCUGCACCAGCCGCUGUCUCAGGGAGGAGGAGGCAGCCUACCUGCGCGCCCGGCAGCCCCACCACACCGCCCCGCCGCCGCCGCCCGCCGCUGCCCCGCCGCCGGCGGGACGGGAGCUCAGCCUGCUGGCCGCGCAGCUCCGCGCCCUGGCCGACAGCCUCUCGCCGCCCGCCGCCGGUCCGCCCUGUCACUCGCCCCACCCCGGUCCCUGUCACGGUCCCCAGCACUCCCUAGGCCGGCUCCUGAGCCACGCGCUGGAGGGGGCGGGGCCCCAAUAAACACCCCUCCCCCACCG